AUAAAUGUGAAGAAGCAGCCUGUUUAACUCCUUCAAUGGCUGCCAUGGAAGCAGAAGAGACGGAGGAAGAAGGAGGGCGUUAUUUCUUGGAGAAACUAUCUUCUGCUCCAACUAUGCAAGAAGAUGGCGGUUUGGAUCUCUGUCUAAGCUUCAGCAGCUACUCUAUCGACGGACCUGCAGAAACUGCUGCGAGAGUUACCAUGGAGUUUGGAGGAAUGGGCGGAGAUGGCGAUGGCGGUGAGGAGGAUGAGUUUGAAUUUGUUUUGUUUCAUAAGGUGGAGGAAGAAAUGGUUUUGGACUGUCCGAUUAGUCCUGUUUUUCCUAUCUUCAAUCACGACCUAUUGGAGAAGAGUGAUGGAACUGAGGUUAAUGAAUUGAAAAAUGGAAGUGGUUCGACUGUUAGGAUUUCUCUGGAGAAGCUUAUACUUGACGAUCGCGAGCGUGAACGUGACCUUGAUCGUGAUCUUCCGUCGUCUUCGUCGUCUGAAGUCGAUGAAUUGGACGGAAUUCCACCGGGAACGUACUGCGUUUGGACGCCUAAGCCAGUGCAAGCAGCAGAACGCGGAAAAUGCAAGAAGAGCAAGUCCACUGGAUCAGGAUGGUCGUCUUCAAGACGGUGGAGGCUCCGGAAUUUACUUCCACGAAGCAACAGCGAAGGAGGAAAGAAUCUGUUCGUCUUCUUAACACCGUCUUCGAAAUCAGAAUCGACGAGGAAGAAAGAAGAGAAAUCAGAGAAAUUAGGCAAAGAUACAAAGGGAAAGAAGAGCUGUUCAGAAGCCAACGCCGUUGCCAGAAAAACGAACAUCAAAAGAGGCUCCGUCGAGAAGGAAUCAUCGGCGCACGAAUUAUUUUACGUGAGGAGCCGAAUGUCGAAGGAAGGAGAUAAGAGACGAUCAUUCCUUCCGUACCGGCAAGACCUCGUCGGGUUUUGGGCUAAUCUCAAUACCGUGAGCAAAGCUCUACCUCCAUUCUAAGCCGCUCAACAGGAAGAAGUUUGGCCCUCUAAAACUUUCCAAGUAAUUGACAAAGAGGCAACUGCUAAUACUGCAUCUGCACGUUGACUAUAUUUACAAUAGCAAAGAAAAGUAUGCAUGAAUGGGAGAAAAGACUCAUACCCUCCGUUGAACCACCACAUGUUGAUAGAAUGAAGCAAUGAACUGCAAAAUGAAAUCAGUACGCAACUUCUCAGUAGCUGCAUUAAUGAAUAUAUAACAUUUCAAGAGCCAUAUAUUAUCCUGUUCGAAGAAUAAAUUAUUAUAAAAGACAUAACUACAAUGGUUAUUU